GUAUGCACCAUCGGUAGCUGAGUGGCCGUCACGCUCUCCCAUGUGCGGCCCUGUCUCCUCCCUCUCCCCCGGGGCAUUGAGGAGGACCGCUGUCGGCACGGCCCGUGCACGAUGCUGCAGAACGAUUCCGUCAGCCGGCAGCGGCGGUCCUCCUCCAGAGCUGGCCAUGGCAGCGGCUGGCCCCCUCGUCACCGCUCUCCUCACGGCAGCAGCCGCGCUCCCGGCGCGAGCCAUCGACCAGUGGACUUAUUACGGAGAAGGAGGUCCCGACCGGUGGCCGACGCUGGGCUACCCGCUGUGUGCCGGUCAGCGGCAGUCGCCCAUUAACGUGGUCACCGACCGGGUAGCGGUGACCCGACUGCCGCCCAUCAUAUUCCGCCACUUUGACCAGACGCCGCUCACGCUCACACUGGCCAACAACUAUCACUCCGCGACCGCCAAAAUGACGUGGGAGAAGACGCCAGUAAUUGAGAAUGGUGGACUUCCUGGACAAUACGAGGUGAUAAACUUCCACUUCCACUGGGGAGAGGAUGACUUCAAGGGCUCGGAGCAUACCAUAGACGGAGAAAGUUACCCGUUGGAAAUGCACAUUGUUUGCAAGAACACAAAAUACGCCAACGUGAGCUCGGCAGUCCGACAUCCCGACGGGCUCGCCGUCCUGGGAGUCAUGUACGAGGUCGGCGACUGGAAGGGUUUGGCUCUGCGGAGUCUGGAGUCGGCCCUGCAGAACAUCACGGCAGGCGGCGCCGCGACCGCGGUGCUCCGUCCGCCGCGACUGGCGCGCCUGCUGCCGUGGAACACCGGAGAGUUUUUCCGGUACCGCGGCUCGCUGACCACCCCCGGAUGCCACCAGGCGGUCACCUGGACCGUCUUCACACAAACUCUGCGCGUCUCGGCCAGCCAGAUGUCUCUGUUCCGUUCUCUGCGCGGCGGACCGGCCCCGAUCGGCGCCAACUACCGGCCUCCACAGCGACGGUACGGGCGUACCGUACUACUCAGCACCGAGAGCGGUACGAGCAGCCACCAGCACCCACACCAGCACCAGGAGGAGGAGUACAGAUUGGCGGCGGUUCGCGGCCGCAGCGCCGCCGCGCCGCCCUGCUCGCCGCUGAUCGCAGUGGUAGUGGCGCAGCUGGUGGCGAUUGUGAAUGGAGGAAGGUGGGGGUCGUAGGGAGGUCGAUCGUGAGAGAUGGACUGCCUCAGUGAUUGAGAGGGACGACGUGACCUGUGGUCGAUAAAUGUGAAGCGAUAAGUGUUGCGACAAGUUCAACGGUCGAUGACAGUAACACAGAGUACCUACCUACUUGGAGUCACAGUGAAUGGUUGCAGUUCGUUUUGUUGAGCCACUUAAUUUUCAUGUCGAUAACAAUGACCAUCAAGCCGUACAAAUAGCAUUUCAGAGCAUUAUGUAGGGUCAGAGCAUAGCGUCGAUAUUGUCGAUAUUGUUCACGAUACUCAUAAGUGAAGGCUGCUUGAUAAGUGCCUACGUAAAUAACGUAAAAAAUAAAUAAAAACAUGCACGCAGCAUUGCGCUGAACAUAACGCUUAUACCAAUCUUCACGGCUAGCACAAGUUACCGUUUCGUGAAUUACGCAAUAGAUGAUGUGCAAUACUCAUAGAUACUCCCAGUGUUAAGUGUUCAACGUCAUUAGAAAGGAAACAAGCGUUAAUAGGUUAUCAGUUAUGAUUUUCUAAGCGCUACUAUCCGUUUAAUUUUUGUUUUAGUAGGCAGUGGCUGGCCAGUGGCCGUAACCAGAGGAAACGUUCAGCCACAUUGUGCAUUAUAUUCUUGAACAAUGAAUGUAGACAUAGGUAGAUUAGGACUUGGUAUUACAAUACUCUGUGCAUAGCUUUUUAUACCUAUGCCAAUGCAAAGCAAUCACAUCUCUAAGAACGAGUACCUAGAUAUUAGGUAAUAAUAAACUACGAAUACCUACAAAGCUAAGGGUAAAUGAAAUUGCUUUAUUGUGUGGAUUUAAUAAACCAUUUGAUAAUAUA